UCCUCAUAAUAUUAGAUCAUUUCUAGGGUUUGCACAAAUAUCACUGUUACUUUAGAUUAUUUCUAGGGUUUGUUUUCGAUCCAGGGAUUUCUAAUCCGUUCACAGGAAAAUUAGGGUUUUGAAUUCAAAUUUGUACAUACGAAGUCCAAAUCCACCAUUAAAAUUGAAACUGAUGGGUGAGAAUGUUGAAUUUGGUGAUUAGAUUUCAAUAAGAAUUUUCCGAAAGUUGGAGGAUUGAGACUGAAUGAGAAUCGAAAUUCUUUUUCAACUUUCACCAACUUCUCAUUGAAAUUGAACCACCACCACCUCGAUCUUCAAAAAAUUGGUUAAUGCUUUUUGUUGGAGUCGAAUUCAAUUGUCUUGGAAUAGCACAGGGUGGUGAAGAUACAAAUUGAAAUGUUACAGACCCCAAUCUGGACAAGCGAAACUGUACAGAUUUGAUAAUGAUGGAAAUAAGUGGAAAGAAAGAGGAAAUGUUUUUAUUAAGCUUCUUAAACAUAAAAAAACUAAGAAAUUUCGUUGGUUAUGAGACAAUCUGGAACACUGGAGGUUAUUGCUAAUCAUCCAGUUCUUCCUACAAUUUCGGUUCAAGAACAUACUGGGAAUAGGAGUCAAAUAUCAUGGUUCUGGCAUGCUACUGAUUUUUCUAAUGGUGAAUUGAAAGAAGAGGUGUUCUGUGCUCGAUUUGUAUACAUGGAGGGAUCAUCGAAUGGUAUUGGCGUGGAGACUGCACGUGUCCUAGCAAUGCGUGAAGUUCAGAUUGUCAUGGCAGUGAGGAAUACGGAUGCGGGUACGGCAGUAAAAGGAACAAUAUUGAAAGAAACACCUUCGGCUAAAAUUGAAGUAUUGAAGAUGGAUGUUAGCUCCAUGGCAUCAGUGAGAAAGUUUGUUAAAGAAUUCAAGUCAUCGGUUCUUCCACUAAACAUCCUAAUUAAUACUGCAGGAGUUAUGGCAUUGCCUUACAAGCUCUCUGCGGACAAGAUAGAGCUUCAGUUUGCAACAAAUCAUCUAGAGAACAAUUUGGGAAUGGUUGAUUCUGACGUGGAUGAAGAUGCUCAGUCUUGUUUCCCAUGCCCUUUUUGUUAUGUUGAAAUUGAAGUUCCAAUGCUUUCUACACAUCUCCAGGAAGAACAUUGCUUCGACGUGAAAAAUUCAGUAUGCCCAUUGUGUGCAGAAAAUCUAGGCAAGGAUAUUAUUGGACAUUUUAUAACCCAACAUUCUCAUAUGCUAAAGCGGAGGCGAAAAUCUCAAAGAUCAGGGUCAUGUACUAAUAACAACUUACCAAUGGUCGGGAAAGAAUUGCGAGAAUUGACUUUGUUUCUUGGGGCAAAUUCACACAUGAGGGGAAACACAUUUGAUUCAACACCAGAUCCACUUCUAUCACCAUUUCUCUGCGGUAUAUCUCCAAAAGGACCUAAAGUUGUUGAUGAAGAUACAAACUCCAGUACAGAAACAACAGUCACUUCGGAUGUUAAAAGGAAAGUGACAUCUAUGUCGGAUGAAGCUAGAGAACAAGAUUAUCAAGAAAAAAGUGAGAAAGCAGAGUUCUUCCAGCAGUUGGUUCUGUCUACAAUUUUCUAACACCUAGGUCAAUUUCAUUCCUUAUCAUCCAGCUCCAAGUGAGCCAGUUUCUACAGGCACCUUAUUUUUCCUGCUGGAGUUAUCCUUUUAGUAACUCAGAUAGCUGUUGUCACAUGAUAUAUAAUAUGUAAUAUCUUAACUUAAACAAAAAUUAUGUGGAAAAUAUCCGCAGAGUACAAUGUUAUUCUGGGUCAUGUAUAUCUAUGUACGUAUAUGUGUAAAAUCUCUUCACGUUGAAACAUUACGAACAAGUACAAUGUCUCUUUAUCAGGCGUGAGGCCAAUUAGUGUUAUUUAUAAGCUUCACUUGUUUCAAACGUGAA